UGACGCUCGGCGCGAACCCGGGCUGGUUGUGCGGAGUCAGUGGCUGCUCGUCGUGGCCAGGACUUGGUGCUCACGGUGGCCAGGAAAGCGUACGUCGCCGUUUGGACUGUGCUUUUGUUGGUGUGCGAAACGUGAAGUGAACCAAAACGAUCCGGUGUUUCGAGCACAACCGGUUCAGUGAAACAGUGAGUGAAUCAACGAGAUAAACAAAGAAAGGAAAAAAUAAAAGUCAUGAUGAAGAGCCAUUAUAGUGUGGAACGUGAGGAUGAUAUAAGGCUUAAAAUCGCGUAAAAGGAAGUGGGAGACAAACCCUUAAUAGCGAAAUAAAGAAAGUGUAGAUAAGCUUUAUCAUAGAGUGGUAUGGGAAAACCCUCUUGGAGUCUCAUUAAAUCCUAAUAAGAGAGGAAAUAGAGUGAAAAGAAGAAGAAGAAAAAAGUGUUUUUUGAUAUACAUUUACAAAGAAGAAAAACUACAACUGAAGAACUUCAUCCUUUAGAAACACAAGGAUAAAAAAAAAGAUCAGAAAGAAAGGAAGAGGAAGGAAGAAAACAGACCUCAAAUCCUUUAGAAACAAAAAACAAACAAACACACACAAAAAAAAAAAAGAAAAAUCCAAAACCUCCCCCGUACGAAAACCAAAAAGAUACAAAUCAGAAAACAAGAACCCCCCCCCCCAAAAAAAAAAAACCUUACCCCCCCUUAUCCCCUUCCCCCCUUUACGUUAUCAACCCUCCCCCCCCUCCCCCCCUUACGAAAGUGUUCUCGGAGACACGGCCCCGCGAGAGGUCAUGGAGAGGCAAGGACGGGGGAGGAGGUCGACGCCGCGCCUGCUUGCCGGCUCCCUUAUCCUGCUUGCGCUGACGGGCGGCCUCCAAGCACAGUCGCCGAUCGACCCCCGCUGCGCCGCCCCCUUCGGAAACUUCCCCGACGCGACCACCUGUGAGCGCUACGUGUCAUGCUGGGGGGGGCGGGGGUUCUCUCAGCGCUGCGGCACCAACCUCGUAUUCAACCCCGUGUCCAGGUCGUGUCAGGCGGGAACCUCAUGUCCAGGUGUGCGUUCGGGUGCCCCAGAUUCGGGCCAGAAGCUCCGGCUGGGCAACGGGCGCGGACCCUGGACUGGGCAGCUGCAGGUCAAAUACGCCAAUUCGUGGGCCUUCGUCGAUGCCCGCGGAUGGUCGCAUACCCUCGGGCAGCUGGUGUGUCGCCAGCUGGGAUUCAUCGGGUACGAGGGCGGCCAGGGCAUGGUGCCGGCGACCCGAGGAAGCUCUGAGGUCCUGCAGCUGGGAUGUCCCUCGGGCGCCUCCUCCAUCAGGCAGUGCAACCUCACGCCGUGCGGUUCUUGUCCUGACGAUACAAAGGUCGUCUCCAUCAGGUGCAAACAGGCGUCCUCCUCGAGAUGUCCUCCUUCGGACCAGGGGCGCGAGUGGCAGCGGUGGAAGGAGUCGUGUUACCUCGUCCUUGACAACUACAGGGCUCCGAGAGAUGCCGGGAGGACGCUCUGCCGGGAUCGAGGAGGAGAGCUGGUCAGCCUCGAGUCGCAGGACGAGCACAGCUUCGUGUCCGAGCUCCUUUCCCGCUCCGGAGACCACGUCGAGUUCUACACCGACGCGGGCGACGUCAGCGUGGCCGGCCUCAAGACGUGGGUGUGGGAGACGACGCUGGGGAGCCUCAAGUACGCCCGUUGGUGGCCUGGCUGGAACACCACCACCCGAGGUCGCACGCCCAUCCCGCCCAGCUCUCCCUCCUGCGUGAUCCUAAAGAAGUCCUUCCCCCUGGCGCCCACGAUGAGUUCCCAGUACGACAGCGGGUUCUUCUUCUUCAGCGGCAGUGGGUGUAGCGAGGCGAGGGCGGUGGUGUGUGAGGCGGAGGUCAAAGAUGUCGGCUGUUACGAUGGUAAUGGCUCCUCUUACGCGGGCACCGCCGCCGUCACCCUCUCGGGCCGCCCCUGCCUCUCGUGGGACGACCCCGCCAUCAACUCCCUGCAGGGGCGGGCGGCGCGGGCGAGGAACUUUGACCUGGGCCUCCUCGGCGCCCACAAUUUCUGCAGGAACCCCGACGGAGCCCAUUCGCCCUGGUGCUUCGUCGGGCCCGAGGCGGCCGAGCCCUGCGACGUGCCCGCCUGCGACGCCGGCAGGAGUGUCCCCGCGACCGAAACGACCCAAAGAUCUUCAACUCUUCUUCGUCCUCUCAACUCAGCCACACGACCCGCUACCUUCACCACGACCCCUUCCACUUCGCCCACGACCACCAGGGCUACGACCACUACGACGACAAAGAUUCGGUGCCAGCCUGGAGAGUACACCUGUGAGAACGGCGGCGGGUGUGUCCCCUCAGAACAGGUGUGCGACGGAGAGCGGCAGUGUCCGAGAGGCGACGAUGAACACCUGUGCAAACGUUUCUUACAGGAGUUCGAGGCAAAAUUCGGAAAGACUCUACUGGAGCGAGUGGUGUUGACGGUGCUUCCACGGGCGGAGGUGGGCGUCUGUGCCAAGAAGUGCAUCGACAACAAGCUCUGUCGCGGGUUCAUUUACGACGAGAUUUCGAAGCAGUGUUCCCUCAGCACCAACGACGUCGUGAGCUCCGGGCUGAUCCCCUCCAGCCGCGAGGUCUUCUACGAGCUGCGGUCACGGAGGGGCGUCUGCGGCACGAGGCUGCGGUGCGGGAACGAGAAGUGCAUCGACAGAGGGAAGGCUUGUGACGGCGCCGACGACUGCGGGGAUAACACGGACGAGAGGCAGUGUCGCACGCCCAUGAAGUACGAGACGAGGCUGGUCGGCGGGGCGGGCGCGCACGAGGGCAAUGUCCAGAUCAAGGUGGGCAGCGAGUGGCGUUGGGUGUGUGACGACGGCUUCGGCUUCGAGUCAGCGGAUGUUCUGUGCCGCGACCUCGGCUUCCCUGGCGCCGAGACCUUCACGCGGAACAACCGAUUCGGAAACAGUGACAGUAAUCUGCGUCGAAGUCAACCCAGUUUCUGGCUGGAUAGAGUGUCUUGUUCGGGCCGCGAGGCCACGUUCUUCGACUGCCCCAACAGCGGCCUCGGUGUGCACAACUGCGGCCCAACGGAGAUCGCGGGCGCCGUAUGCCGUACCAGCGCCUCCCUCUGCGACGUGGACAAGUUCCUGUGUGGCUCCGCUCGCCUCCACACCUGCAUUCCGAGGAGCCAGGUGUGCGAUGGCUCCAAGGACUGCUUCGACGGCAGCGACGAGGCGGACGAGCUGUGCGACGACGUGGGCGUGACGCGACUCGAGACCAAGACGGAGGCGCUGAAGGGCACGACGUCGGGCACCGUCUUCGUCAAGCACCGAGGCCGAUGGGGCACCGUGUGCGAUGACGCCUUCGAUGAUAAGCAGGCGAAGGUGAUUUGCCGCAGCCUGGGUUACGACGGCGGGUGGGCGGUGCCUUACCCGCGGGCGUUCUUUGGGCGUGGCGUCGGCGAGGUCCUCGUGGACGAACCGGAGUGCAAGGGUCACGAGUCCUGGGUGGGCGCCUGCAGUGGCCUGGUCUGGGGCGUGACAGAUUGCGACCAUACGGAAGAUGUGGGCGUGCUGUGCUCUGAUCAGUUGGAGUUGCGUCUGACUGGCGGCCCGACCAAGAGCCAGGGCCGAGUGGAGGUGAACCUGGCGGGCAAAUGGGGUACGGUCUGCGAUGAUGAUUUCGACGACUACGACGCUAAAGUCGUGUGCAGGAUGCUGGGUUACCAAGGCGACGCCGUGGCUCACAAGAAUGCACGUUUCGGCCGUGGUUCCGGACCUGUCUGGCUGGACUCCCUGGACUGCACGGGCGAGGAGUCCGACCUCAGACUGUGCAAGAAGUCGCCUCCGGGAGCCUCGGACUGCGUGCACUCCGAGGACGCGGCGGUAUCGUGUUAUGCAACCAGACGCGGCGUGGUGAACCGCGGACUACAGACGGCCCUUCCCGACGGCUGCGGCAAGACCACUGACUCGUCCUCCUCGUCCUUCCUCGUCGACAACUUCGCCAAGAUUGUGGGCGGAGCUUCGCAGACAUCCCUCGAGAACCCUUGGCUUGUCUCGCUGCAGCUGCGGGAGGAGGGCCGCCUCAAGCACAACUGCGGCGGCGUAGUCAUAGCCGAGGACUACGUGUUGACGGCGGCGCACUGCUUCAAGAUCCACGGUUCAUCCAGCUACGUGGUUCGAGUGGGUGACUACAAGAUGAACGCCAGGGAGGACGCGCAGGAGGACUUUCAGAUCGAGAAACUGUGGGUUCAUGACGAGUUCGACACGACGGUGGAAUUCAACAACGACAUCGCUGUUCUGAAGGUGGCGAGGAAGAACGGAAGAGGCAUAAGAUUCGGCAGGAGCGUGCAGCCCGUGUGUCUUCCAGAGGAGAACGCUCACUACACGUCGCUCUCCGGCUGCAGUAUCUCCGGCUGGGGAACGACGUCGGAGAGGGCGCCGCCAAUCCCGCAGAACAUCCCGCGGUCGGGCGAGGUGCAGGUGUACGACAUGUCGGUGUGCACGGGCCCGGACAGGUACGGCCAGUUCGAGGUGACGUCGGGCAUGGUGUGCGCCGGCCACCUCGACGGCCGAAUCGACACGUGCACGGGCGACUCCGGGGGCCCCCUCACGUGCGUGUCGAACGGACGGCACGUGCUGUACGGCAUCACGUCCUGGGGCAAGGGGUGCGGGCGCAGAGGGCAGCCGGGCAUGUACACGAAGAUCACCAAGUUCCUCCGCUGGAUCCACGACAUCGUUGUGUGAGCGAGGGAAGGGGUCCUAAGCUCGAGGUUCUUCUCCGGACGUUCGGGUGGCACUCAGAAAGACGGGGAAGGCGACUCUUCUUGGGGGAGAACACUUGGUGCUGGUGAAGGACGAGGGUGUUUGAGGCGCUUCCGUGUGGCGAAGCAAAGCCAAACUAUGGUUCUGAAUUCUGUGAAGGAGGAAGACCCAUCUGUGUAUACUUUACGUUAGUGUGUGGUUGGCCUUGCGUAUGGAAGCGUUAUAAGAACACAGAGCAUAUAUGAUUAGUUAGAAUGCGAACAAACUAGCAUUCUUUACUACUACACUAGAAAAAAUGAGUUAUGUGGAGAGAAAACGAUAAUUUUAACAUAUGCUGGCUCUCACACUCCUAGGUAUGAACGGUGCUGAUAUGACAAGGAAAAAGAAACGUAUGUAUGUGUGACCUUUCUUCGUCCCGACGGCUUAGUGCAUUAAGAAAUAAACUAUAUUAGUGACGCGAAGCGAAGUACAGACAGCAGAUGUACCACCAUAAUGUGCAAUGAGUGUUAUAAAUCCCUCAUGGUGUACUCUUAAGAUAUCCCAGUAUUAUGAUGCAUUAGCGAACAAGGGCAUUUAAAAACAGUGACUGAAGACUAGACGUGGAACUAAAUGAUAUUUCUUUUCCCUUUUAAAGUGGUGAUAACUAGCUUCCUCCUCGUCAUCACGAAGAAAUCUUCCUGUUUCCUUCCGCGAAGAAACUACGAAAUACAUGAGUGAAAUGAACAUAAAGUGCCCGUGAGUUCUCGUCAUGUAUCGGCCAGUACAGAGAGUAUGUGACGUUACUCCUUGUUUAUGAUAUCCUGUUGGUUACUCUUUAACAACUCAUUCCUCCUGCACACAUUCUUUCACGUCUCGGCAGGAACUCCGUUGCGCGUGGAACAUACUCUUCGGACGUCAUUCAUAACAUCACAGUGAACGUGUAUCUUUGUGUUUGUUUGUCUCCUUCCUCAAUACGACGCCUGAUAUAUAUAUAUAUAUAUAUAUAUAUAUAUAUAUAUAUAUAUAUAUAUAUAUAUAUAUAUAUAUAUAUAUAUAUAUAUAUAUAUAUGCGGUGUUUAUCGCGUGUCUUCUAUUUAUGAACACGUCGUGGCAAUAUAGACGACAGGGAGGCAUUUUUUGUCGAAGGUUGUCUUCGUUUAUACUGUUUGCUCUCGUUUCUCAUUCUCUCUCUAUUAUCUCCUUUGUCUCAUUCAUAUAUAAUUUAAGCAUCUUGUUCCAGAUUUCUGUGAUUUCAGUCUUUUUCAAUGUCUUUCAAAGUUGGUCAUGUAUUUAUCAUUUUGUGUAGGAUCUUAUUUUUUUUCGCGCGGAUUAAUUUUGUAUCGUAUAUUUAACGCUCACCCUUACUUUAUUUACGUGCUGUGUCUUUUUUGGGGAUAAAAUCAAAUCAAAUAACUGUUAUAUCUUGAUUUAAGAUAACAGAUUGAUUUUGAUCCUUUAAAUAUUCUUUUAAAGUAGAAAUUUCAGUAAUUAAAAUACGCAUUUUGUUACUACCAGUCCAUGUGUAAUUAUAAUUAGGAAUUUUCACGAUAUCAAGCAAUUUACGUUUUGCAAUGUAUGUAUUGAAAAAGCUAUGUGUCAUAUAGCUGCCAAAGAAUGCAUUUUCGUGUGUGUUUUAUUAUUAUUAUUAUUAUUUUGAGGUUUGGUACACAUUUUGUACACGUUUUGGAUGUGAAAAAGAUGUUGAUUUCCCUUUUUUGAUACUGAAAACGAUAUGAGGAAAAUGUUUUAGAAAGAGAAAGUUAUUUUUUUUUAAUGAUGGUUAUAAGGAAUAUAUCUUUGAAUGUUUUAGAAAGAGAAAGUGAUUUUAUUUUAAUGAUGGUUAUAAGGAAUAUAUCUUUGAAUGUUUUAGUAAGAGAAAGUGAUUUUUUAAAAUGGUUUGUUCCGUUAUGACUCAGGAUGUUGUUGGGCAUUUGUUCAUGCUGAUGUUCUGCGUGUUGAUAAUAACACUUGCAGAACACUUUUUGUUAUUGUUAAACUCAUUGUCAAGAUGGACACGAUGUUGCCAUCACGUAGGUUUAAGUUUUUUGUUAUAACGAAUCAGCCCGAGUUGUUUAUUUGUUUUAAUAAACAUAAACAUUUCUUUUUA